AGCCUUUUAUUCCGUGCAAGUUGUCAUUUUCGUAGCUUUGAAUCUUACUGCUUUUGGUGCUGUUUGACCUCAUACAAAACUUUCAUUUCCUAAUUAGUAAUCUAGUCGGUUAGCAAGUUUCGUUUCUGAAAGCUAAACAAAAUAUUUUUUAUUAAGAAAGUGACCCAACUACAUUAAAUGGAUCAGGAAGAAAAUUUAUCCAUACAGGUUGAUGAAAUUGAAGCACUUUCAGCUAUAUAUCCUGACGAAUGGAAAAUAGAAGAUGAGGCAUUCAGAACGUUUAGUGCAACAAUAACUGAACAUAACAGAACGGCAACACUUCUCAUCACAUUGCCAGCAGAGUAUCCAGCCACAUCACCUCCAUUCUACCUUUUGACGGCACCAUGGAUGAAAGAACAGGACAGAGACGAAAUCUACAAUCAGUUGGAACAAAUAUACCUAGACCAUGCUGGAGAAAGUAUUCUUCACCUUUGGAUUGAAAAAUUACGAGAACUAUUACAAGUUGUGAACUUAACUGAACAUGAGGUCCAUGAAACAGUCCCUCUGGGCAAAGAGGAUAUUCCCAAAAAGUUUCGUGUUUUAGAAAACGAGGACUCGGAACAAGAAUGUCCACCUAUAACAAGCGCUGUUCCGUUUACAGAAAGAAAAAGCACCUUCCAGGGUCACGUAGCUACUGUCACUAAUACCACCCAAGUCAAGUUGGUUUUAGCUAAGUUGUACGAAAACCGUAAGAUUGCACAAGCUACACACAACAUCUACGCCUACAGAAUAUACAAUGAACAGACGAAAAUGUGGCUUCAAGAUUGUGAUGAUGAUGGUGAAACUCACGCCGGUGGACGGUUGAUGCAUCUGCUUCAGAUUUUAGACGUAAAAAACGUCAUUGUAGUUGUUUCUCGUUGGUUUGGAGGCAUUCUGCUCGGUGGAGACCGUUUUAAGCUCAUCAACAACGCGGCACGUGAGGCUCUCGAGCUAGGCACUUACAUCGCUUCGUCCGGCGGUGACGACGUGACCAAGAAGAAAAGCAAGAAAAGACUUGUUCCAUAUCGAAUUGUGCCUUUGCACCAUUGGUUUGCCACGGUCACGCGGCGCUUCUCAGUAGUAGUACCUCUACAGCACCCCAUGUUUUUCUUCGCCUUCUCUUUUAUUGAUUAGAUUAUUGGGCCUUUCGUGACUCUGCUUUCCUCUGAUAGAGAGAAGCAAAGUAAGAAAGAAAAAGCAGCAUACACAUCACAACACAAAAUACACGAUAUCAUUGAUCGUA